CUCUUUGGAGGGAUUGUCACUGUCAGUGUUGGACACUGCCACCCGAAAGUUACAGAAGCAGCUAAAAGACAGAUUGAUCGUCUUUGGCACACAACCAAUAUUUACUUGCAUUCGCCAAUCCAUGAAUAUGUUGAGAAGUUGACAAGUCGCAUGCCUGAGAAACUAAAGGUGGUUUACCUGAUGAACAGUGGUUCAGAGGCCAAUGACAUUGCAAUGUUUAUGGCAAGACAAUAUACAGGAAACUUUGAUAUAAUUAGUUUAAGAAGUGGCUAUCAUGGGUCCAGUCCAUAUGCACUAGGGAUAACAGCACUCUCUACUUACAAGCCUGGAAUGGCCAAUGGAUUUGGUUGCCAUGCGACAAUGUGUCCAGAUGUGUUUCGAGGUAUAUGGGGUGGAAGUCAUUGCCGAGAUUCCCCAGUGCAGACAACACGAGCCUGUUCCUGUUCUCCUGGUUCCUGUAAUGCCAAAGACCAAUAUAUUGCACAACUUAAGGAAACUCUGGACACCACUGCUGCAAAGAAAGUGGCUGCAUUCAUUGCUGAACCCAUGAUGGGUGUUGGAGGAGUCGUUCAGUAUCCCAAGAAUUUUUUAAAG